ACUUCUUCACUCAGAAGUGUUCAGAAACAAGCUCAAAACCUCAACACAAGAUCCCCAUGAUGUCAAUAUCUCGAUCCAGCCUCCUUCUGAGCCUUCUGCUUUCUCUUGCUUUUACUACAAUAUUCUCAGAAACACAUAACUAUGAGUUCAAAGUUCAAGAACAAGCAGCAACAAGGCUAUGCAGAAACCAUAGAAUAGUUACAGUCAAUGGACAAUUCCCCGGCCCCACAAUAGACGUACAAAAUGGAGAUAGUCUUGCUAUCAAAGUCACCAAUGCUGCUCCUUACAAUGUCACCAUCCAUUGGCAUGGAUUGCGUCAACUGAGAAACCCAUGGGCUGAUGGGCCUGAAUUUGUGACCCAAUGUCCAAUUCGACCCGGAGGAAGCUACACAUACAGGUUCACCAUAACCGACCAAGAGGGAACAUUGUGGUGGCAUGCUCAUAGCAGAUGGCUACGAGCCACAGUCUAUGGUGCACUUGUUAUUCGUCCAAAGUCGGGUUCUUCAUACCCCUUCCCAAAACCCACAAUCGAGUUUCCUGUUGUUCUAAGUGAAUGGUGGGAUAGAAAGGUCAUCAGUGUCCUCCGACAAGCCUUAUUCACAGGUGCAGCUCCCAAUGUUUCUGAUGCUCUCACCAUUAACGGACAACCUGGUGAUCUUUUCCGAUGCUCAAGCCAAAGCACUACGAAACUUACUGUAAACAAAGGCGACACAGUUCUUCUAAGGGUCAUCAAUGCUGCACUCAAUCAACAACUCUUCUUUAGCGUCGCUAACCACAAACUAACCGUGGUUGCAACUGAUGCUGUUUACACCAAACAGUUUACAACGAAUGUAAUCAUGGUUGGCCCUGGUCAAACCACGGAUGUCCUUUUGACCGCAGAUCAGCAGCCUGGGCGCUACUACAUGGCUGCACGAGCUUACGCAAGUGCUAGAAACGCUCCGUUUGAUAAUACAACAGCCACCGCCAUCUUGGAGUACAAAUCUGCUAAUUCACAGCCGAUUUUACCUCAACUUCCGGCCUACAAUGAUACAAACACAGUCACUGCUUUCUCCAACCAAAUAAAGAGUCCUGGAAAAGUAAUGGUUCCAACUAAGAUAGAUGAAAACUUGUUCUUCACGAUGAGGUUCGGGUUCUUUAACUGUACUCCUGGACCUAGAUGCCAAGGGCCUAAUAACACAAGGUUUGGUGCUAGCAUGAAUAACGUAUCGUUUGUGCUUCCGAAUCGGGUGUCUUUACUCCAAGCUUACACGCAGAAGAUUCCUAACAUCUACACACCAGACUUUCCGCGUGUUCCACCUUUGCAGUUUGAUUACACUGGUAAUGUCCCUCGUGGGCUGUGGCAACCGGUUAAGGGGACGAGGCUUUACAAGCUCAAAUUCGGGGCUAAUGUGCAGAUUGUGCUGCAAGAUACUUCGAUUUUCUCAACGGAAGAUCAUCCUGUUCAUCUCCAUGGAUACCAUUUCUACAUCGUUGGUCAGGGUUUUGGUAAUUUUAAUCCUUCCAGAGAUACUGCUAACUUCAAUCUUGUUGAUCCGCCACAAAGGAAUACAAUUGACGUACCAGUUGGAGGAUGGGCUGUCAUCAGAUUCGUAGCUGAUAACCCAGGAGUUUGGCUGAUGCACUGUCACAUAGAUACUCAUUUGGCUUGGGGUUUUGCAAUGGCUUUCAUAGUUGAAAACGGAGUUGGGGAAACACAGACGUUGCUGCCUCCUCCUUCCGACUUGCCAAAAUGUUAAGAUCAUCACAAUAUAUGUCUUUGUUGGCCGCUGUGGCUUUUAAGUUUUCUUCUUUUCCACUUUGUUGAUUACUGGAGAAAAAUACAUAGCAGUGUUCAUAGGUUUCACUUUCAUCAUCAUACCUGCUUAUUCUAUGCAUUCUUAUGUGUAAGUUCUUUUGUUCAAAGGAAACGAUAGAAUUUAAUGAUUCAUCAUCAGUUGAUGUCUUCUUGUACACCAAUUAAUUAAAGCUACAUUGAUUUGCAUUCU